AGAAAGAAACACCAAACGACUACUCAUCGGAUUUCGACAUUGAUCCGACGCUGUCUAUAGUCGUCACUCACCGGAAUUCGACAUCGAUCCGAGGCUUUCCGUGCUCGCCGUCAUAGUAGGGCUUACGUGGGGGGGUAUGGGAGGUUUGGAGAUGCGAGGAUUAAAUGAUUUGCAAGAAUUGUUAACGGGGAUAGACCCGAGAGACGUUGCUUGUGCUCUAAUUCUCACAUAAAUUCAAACACAACAAAGGUCAACGCAGAGUCGAAUAACCCACCCGCUCAUUCUUCACUCACCAGUAAUCAGGAAACAAAGACCGAUUGGUAUUUGGUACCCAAUUCAUACUUUCAAAUUUUUGCCCUAUUCUCAUCCCCAUCCACGUCCACAACCCCCGUGAGCCGCCGCCGCCGCCGCCGUCGCCACCGCCGCACCACCAGUUUCUUCCUCUUCUUCUUCCACCCGAUCUUUCCUUCCUUCUUCUCCCAUUCUUUCCUUUCCUUUUUCUUCUUCUUCACGCUCCUCCCUCCUGCUCCGCCGCUGUGAACUACCCGGUGAGAUUCAUAUAUAUAUUUAUAUUUCCAAAAAAUUCCCCUCGGUUCGAAAUCCCCUGUUUCCAAUUCUGCCGUAGUAGUAGCAGUAGUAGGCAGAAAGAAUGGAGGAGCAGCAAAUCGAUAAGCUCCGUGGAGUGGUGCGUGACUGCGUCAGCAAGCAUCUGUAUUCGUCUGCAAUUUUCUUUGCCGACAAGGUGGCCGCGGUGACGUCGGACCCCGCCGACAUAUAUAUGCAAGCGCAGGCGCUAUAUCUUGGUCGGCAUUAUCGCCGAGCCUUCCAUCUACUGAAGGCUUCACAGAUUAUCUUCCGCGACCUACGCUUCCGCUACCUUGCGGCGAAAUGCCUCGAAGAAUUAAAGGAGUGGGAUCAAUGCCUAUUAAUGCUUGGUGAUGCUAAAGUGGAUGAACAUGGAAACAUAAUUGACACAAAGGAUUACAGCAGCAUGUACCUGGAUAAAGAUGGUGAAGAUCGUGAAAUCAACAUCAUUUCAGCAAUAUGCUUUUUGAGAGGCAAAGCAUAUGAGGCAUUGGAAAAUCGUGCUCAAGCUCGGCUAUGGUAUAAAGCUGCUAUCAAAGCUGAUCCUCUGUGUUAUGAGGCCUUGGAAUGCCUUAUAGAAGGUCACAUGCUCACUUGUGAAGAAGAGACCAAUUUAUUAGCUACAUUGCAAUUUGGCCAAGAUGAUGUAUGGCUUUCUUCAUUUUAUUCAUGCUUAAUAAAGAAGUAUGAUAAAGAGAAUGUUGUUGAGCUCAAGUUUAAGGAACUAGAGCAAGAAAUGUCUGAUACAGAGACAUCUGGCAAAUCAUUAUGUUCACUUUUGAACAACACUGAUCUCUUAGCUUGCAAAGCAGAGUACUACCAUCAGUGUGGUGAAUACCAGAAAUGUUUUGAAUUGACUUCAAUCUUGCUUGAGAAGGAUCCAUUUCAUCUAAAGACUACCUUGGUGCAUCUAGCCUCUGCCAUGGAGCUUGGGCAUUCCAAUGAGCUCUAUUUAAUGGCAUCCAAUUUAGUUAAGGACUACCCUCAAAGAGCUCUUUCAUGGUUUGCUGUGGGCUGUUACUAUUUCUGCAUCAAAAAAUAUGUUCAAUCUCGUCGAUAUUUCAGCAAGUCAACCAGUUUGGAUGGGACAUUCGCACCUGGUUGGAUUGGCUAUGGCAAUGCAUAUGCAGCUCUAGAAGAAGGUGAUCAAGCAAUGUCUGCUUACCGCACUGCGGUUCGUUUAUUUCCAGGGUGCCACUUACCAACACUGUACAUAGGAAUGGAAUACAUGAGAACGCAUAGCUUUAAACUUGCAGAGCAGUUUUUUAUGCAGGCCCAGGUUGUUUGUCCUUUAGAUCCGCUUGUAUAUAACGAACUUGGGGUCGUGGCUUAUCAUAUGAAGGAGUAUAAGAAGGCUGUUUGGUGGUUUGAGAAGACAUUAGCUCAUGUUCCUUCUUCUUUAAGUGAGAUGUGGGAGCCGACUCUAGUCAAUCUUGCACAUGCGCUGAGAAAAUUGAAGAGAUACGACGAGGCAAUUGUUUACUAUGAGAAAGCACUUGAAUUAUCAACAAGAAGUUUGAGUACAUAUGCUGGGCUUGCUUAUACAUACCAUCUGCAGAAUAAUUUUAUAUCAGCAAUCACAUACUAUCACAAGGCGUUGUGGUUGAAUCCAAGUGACGAGUUCUGUACAGAGAUGGUGGCGCUGGCUUUGGAGGAUGAGUGCCGCACGGGUGUAAUAGACCCGACGACAAUGGUUGGAAGUCGAUUAUUCAUUUAAAUAGGAAUAGGAAUAGGAAUAUGAAUAGACAGCUAGCUAGCUCCAAUGAACAAGAAUCAUUUUGUAUGUAACUAACUGAUUUGAUGCAUGUAUGUAUGUAGGGUUGCCAGUAUUCGAUUCGAUUCGGAAAAAAUAAUUUGAUUUUAAUGUUGAGUAUGUUUUUUUGUCUACAAAGCAGCAAUCUUACUAUGACAUACAUUAAUUCAUGUUAUG